AUGCCACGCUGUCUCAUGGCGAAAAAGUGGAAGUGGAAUCAGUGGCAGGCACGCGUGGAUGAUCAGCAGAUCGAGCAGAAGGACGCGACGCCGCUCGGUGCCGCCCUGCAGGAACAACAGGCGCAACAUCACGCUUUACAUCAGACCGCGAAUGCGAUGGAGAAACGGCCGCAUAGGCAUGAACCUGAGGACGAGGAGAUCGACGUGGUCGGGGACGUCGAUAAUCAUCAGGUCGACCAUCAGCAGACCUGCUGGGGGCCGCACAGUCCCACGGCGGGGGCUACGGCCCCUAGCCCGCCACCCCUCAACGCCUCCGGCGCCCUUUACUAUCACGGCUACACACACGAGGCGUGGAUUAAUCACGAGGAGCCGCCCAAGUAUGCGACGUUGCGCUCCGCGGCGGAGCUGGCGCGUCCGGUAGCGCCGUCGCCGCCACCUCCGGUAGCGCAGCAGGAGCUACCGAUUUCGAUGCUGACUGGGCCGGGUAUGCACCAAGCGCCGUCGCAUCAGGUGACGGUAAUCACCACGAAUCCGACAUUAUCGUCUUCGUCCUCAUCGUCGUCCGCCGCAUCGGCGUCGCUAUGCCUGCCGCCGCGGAAGAGCCUCUCAAUGUCCUUCACCAGCACCGGCACGGCGCUCUCCCUACCGCCGAAGAAGAAGGACAUCUACCGUCCUUACAGCCUGCAAUCGAUCUCAGAGAUACGCACGUCUGCCGAGGAGGAUCUAUCGGCCGCGCAGGCCAUUCUAGAUCUUAGCGCGUCGCCCGCCGCACCCACGCAUUCCGUUUUUAUUCACACCCUGUCGCCACCGCCGCCGCCACCGCCGCCACCACCACCUCCACCCGCCGCUGCCACCGUUGCUGCAGCGCCGAACGUGCCCGCACCGCAACAGCAGCAACAGCAGCAACAGCAGCAACAACAACAGGAACAGGAACAGCAACAGUUACAAUCGGCGUCAAUCACGAGUAUACCGGUUUCCGUGCUCGUGCCGGUGCCUAGCUCGCAGACCAAUCAGCUACGCCAACAGGAGCAAACGCCACCGCAGCCGCAGUCGCCCGCGACCGCGGAAGCCACCGGCGGAAACUGCAACGUCGGCAGGGACAGCACCACCAGCGGCAGUAAGACUGUCGCCUACACCUAUGAGGCCUUCUUCGUGUCCGAUGGCCGAUCAAAACGACGCGGCAGCAGCAGCAGCAGCAGCAACAACAACAACAACAACAACAAUGGUGCUGCCGUGCCUGAGAAAGAGGCGGCCCAACCGGACAGGCCCAAGUUCACGUGCACCGAGUGCGGCAAGCAAUACGCCACGUCGUCGAACCUGUCGCGGCACAAGCAGACGCACCGUAGCCUCGAUUCACAAUCGGCGAAAAAGUGCAUCCACUGCGGCAAGGCGUACGUCAGUAUGCCCGCCCUGGCGAUGCACGUGCUAACGCACAAGCUCGCCCACAGCUGCGGCGUCUGCGGCAAGAUGUUCUCGCGGCCCUGGUUGCUACAGGGUCACCUGCGCAGCCACACCGGCGAGAAGCCGUACGGAUGCGCUCACUGCGGCAAGGCGUUUGCCGAUCGCUCGAAUCUACGGGCGCACAUGCAGACGCACUCGGCCGACAAGAAUUACGAGUGCUCGAGGUGCCACAAGACCUUCGCCCUCAAGUCCUAUCUAAACAAACACCUAGAGUCGGCGUGUCUGCGCGACGAGGAGAUGCAGCAGCAACAGCAGCAGCAACCGCAGCCGCAGCAUGCCGAUAAUAACGCCACGCAGCAACAGAACACCAAUCGAGGUUUGUAGCAGCGCUUCGAGAAGGAGAACAACGACAUCACGAGGAUCGAGGGCUCGAGAGAGAGCUAGCGGUGCUCUAUGAUCGCCGCUUGAUCGAUCGCGAAGAGGCGCGAGGGUACGAAGAGCAGAGGAGAGGAUAUAAGGUUUGCCGUAGAUUUUAAGUAGAAAAGUGCCAGUAGAGACAGAAAUGAGAGCGAGCGAGCGAGUGAGAGAGAAAGAGAGAGAGAGAGAG